UUAUGGUUGCCGUCUGAUUAUUUUUCGUGAGUUGGUAACUAAUUCUCAACUGUAUCAGCGGUGUCGGCAAUCUGCUAACUAAUAGUUAACUUCGCUGCAUGACAUGGCGAUGUGGAGCGACGUUGAGCUUCUGACCAACGAGGACACAAACCCGGUCCGCCUCAGCAGUGAGGAGAAUGGUAGUGGUUUGUAUCAGGUGGACACAUUGGUCAAAAUCUCCACUGCCAAUGAGGUGCAGAGAGAUCCCCGUCUAUCCGCCUCCAGUGGGUCCAACUGGAGCAUUGUUGUGGCAGACAAGACGGUUAUCCUGUUUGACCAGAGCUAUCAAACCAUCCUGCUGCUUCUGCAUUUUGGCAGGAAAAACGGUGACAAUGACAAAAACUACGACACAAUCGAUCUGCCCAAGCGCUGUGAGCCGACCAAAG